UAGGCAACAGUUGUCGUGCCCUAUCACUGUCACCUGUAAUAUUCUCUCAUCCCCCAACCAUAAUUAUAUUCUCUUCUUCUCCAACACAGCAUCAACGCAAAGCAAGAGGAGAGGAAGUGUGGGAGGGGAAGGACGACAUGGGGAGGGGACGAGUGGAGCUGAAGAGGAUCGAGAACAAGAUCAACCGGCAGGUCACCUUCUCCAAGCGGAGGAACGGGUUGCUGAAGAAGGCGUACGAGCUCUCCGUCCUCUGCGACGCCGAGGUCGCGCUCAUCAUCUUCUCCAGCCGCGGCAAGGUCUACGAGUUCGGCAGCGUUGGAACAAGCAAAACAUUAGAGCGAUAUCAACGUUGCUGUUACACAUCCCAGGAUUCUAACGUUGCUAAUCGUGAAGCACAGAAUUGGUACCAAGAAAUGGCCAAGUUGAAGACAAGGUUCGAGUCCCUGCAACGCUCCCAGAGGCAUUUGCUUGGGGAAGACCUCGGUCCACUGAGUGUGAAGGAACUGCAACAACUGGAAAGACAGCUUGAAUCUGCACUCUCACAGGCCCGGCAAAGAAAGACUCAGUUGAUGCUGGACCAGAUGGAAGAACUUCGGAAGAAAGAGCGUCAUCUUGGAGAAAUAAACAAGCAGCUGAAAGAGCAGAUCGAGGCAGAAGGUGCCACCUUCAGAGCUCUUCAAGGGCCAUGGUGCUCUGACGCAACCGCAGGCGGCAACGCGUUCCCCGUGCAGCCGCUGCAAUCCAGCGGGAUGGAUCGUGAACCCACGCUGCAGAUCGGGUAUCACCAGUUUGUUCCUCCCGAAGUCGUGGCGAUGCCCAGGAACUCAGCAGGAGAGAACAAUUUCAUGCUGGGUUGGGUGCCAUGACCGAUGAACCGGAAGAAGAAGAAGAAGAAGAAGAAACUGCCCUUUGUAGUGCUAUUGUUGUGCACUUUGUAGUACUUGUCGACGGACGUCUCGAGAAACUGCCCUACUUGGUGUAGAACAAACAUCCUGUGCUGCUAUGCUAAAGUUGUGCCAUCCAUCGCCUUCUUCUGCUUGAAGGUUUUCAGUUUCCA